AUGAUUUCAAUUGUUAAUGGUACUUCAACACUUUAUUUCAUUGCUUAUAAUAAAGAUUUAUUAAAUGAAGCAAUUAAUUUUUAUACAAAUAUUCUUGGUUUAACAUUACAUUCAACAUUAGAUAAAGAGAAUAUAACUUAUUUAACUAAUGAUGAUAAUCAAUUAGUUGUUAAAUUAGAACUAAAUUCAAAAAAUUCAUUAAAUAAAGAUCAAAUAAAGGAAAAAAAAUCAUAUAUAAAAUCCAAAUUGAAUAUAAUAGAUUGGAGAUCUCUUGAUUCUUCAGCUGUUAUAAAGGUUGAUAAUUUAGUCAAUUUAAUUGAUAAUUUAUCAAGUUUUAAUUAUUCUUUACAAAUUACUCCGAAUGAAUUAUAUCCAAAUGAAGUUUACACAAUUGAUCCAUUAGGUAAUAUUAUUGGCUUUACUGCUUGCAAAGAACCAUUAACUUUAAUACCUCCCUUACAAAAAUCAUAUAAUAAAAAUCAAGGUUUAGCUACAACUACUGUAAUGUCACAAUCAACAAGUGAAAUAAGUAAUAAUGCUGAUUUAAAAGGUAAACAUCGUAGAAAUAUUGGUGUUAUGACUUCGGGUGGUGAUGCUCCUGGUAUGAAUGCUGCUGUUAGAGCUGUUGUUAGAGCUGCUAUUUUUAGAGGUUGUAAAGCUUAUGCUAUAAAAGAAGGUUAUGAAGGUUUAGUUAAAGGUGGUUCAAAUUUUAUUAAACAAAUGAAAUGGCAAGAUGUAAGAGGGUUUUUAAGUGAAGGUGGUACAAAUAUUGGUACUGCAAGAUGUAUGGAAUUUAAACAAAGAGAAGGUAGAUUAAAAGCUUGUAAAAAUUUAAUUGAUGCUGGUAUUGAUGGGUUAAUUGUUUGUGGUGGUGAUGGCUCUUUAACUGGUGCUGAUCUAUUUAGAUCUGAAUGGCCAUCUUUAAUUAAAGAAUUAAAAGAUUCAAAACAAAUUAAUGAAGAAACUUAUGAGAAAUUUAAAAAUUUAUAUAUUUGUGGUAUGGUUGGUUCAAUAGAUAAUGAUAUGGCUACUACAGAUUCAACAAUUGGUUGUUAUUCAGCAUUAGAUAGAAUUUGUAGAGCAAUUGAUUAUAUUGAUGCAACUGCAAAUUCACAUUCAAGAGCUUUUAUAGUUGAAGUUAUGGGUAGACAUUGUGGUUGGUUAGGUUUAAUGGCUGGUAUUGCAACAAGUGCCGAUUAUAUUUUAAUUCCUGAAAAACCAAGUUCAUCAAAAGAUUGGCAAGAUCAAAUGUGUAAUAUUGUUGAUAAACAUAGAAAAAGAGGUAAAAGAAAAACUAUAGUUAUAGUUUCUGAAGGUGCAAUAACUUCUGAUUUAAAACCAAUUAGUUCUAAAAUGGUUAGAGAUGUUUUAGUUGAUAGAUUAGGUUUAGAUACAAGAAUAACUACAUUAGGUCAUGUUCAAAGAGGUGGUACAGCAGUUGCAUUUGAUAGAAUUUUAGCUACUUUACAAGGUGUAGAAGCAGUCAAGGCUGUUCUAGAAUUAACUCCAAAUAUUCCAUCACCAUUAAUUGCAAUUGAUGAAAAUAAAAUUGUUAGAAAACCUUUAGUUGAAGCAGUUAAAAUUACAAAAUCUGUUGCUGAAGCAAUUGAAGAAAAAGAUUUUGAUAAAGCAAUGUCAUUAAGAGAUCCUGAAUUUAAAGAACAUUUAUCAAAUUUUAUGGCUAUGAAUUCUGCAUGUCAUGAACAUCCAAAAUUACCACAAGAAAAACGUAAAAAAAUUGCAAUUAUAAAUAUAGGGGCUCCAGCUGGUGGUAUGAAUUCUGCAGUUUAUGCAAUGGCAACUUAUUGUAUGUCACAAGGUCAUACUCCAUAUUCUAUACAUAACGGUUUUUCAGGUUUAGCAAGACAUGAAUCUGUAAAACUGAUUAAUUGGAUUGACAUUGAAUGUUGGAAUUCAGUUGGUGGGUCCGAAAUUGGUACAAAUAGAUCAACACCAGAACAAACUGAUAUUGGAAUGAUUGCACAUUAUUUUGAAAAAUAUCAAUUUGAUGGAUUAAUUAUAGUUGGUGGUUUUGAAGCAUUUGUAAGUUUAAAUCAAUUGGAACAAUCAAGAUCAAUGUAUCCAGCUUUCAGAAUUCCAAUGGUUUUGAUACCUGCUACAAUUUCAAAUAAUGUUCCAGGUACUGAUUAUUCUUUAGGUUCAGAUACUUGUCUUAAUUCAUUAAUGGAAUAUUGUGAUAUUAUUAAACAAUCAGCAUCAGCAACAAGAGGUAGAGCAUUUGUUAUAGAAGUUCAAGGUGGUAAUUCUGGUUAUAUUGCAACUUUUGCAUCAUUAAUUUCUGGUGCUCAAGCUUCAUAUGUACCUGAAGAAGGUAUACAUUUAGAACAAUUAGAAUUGGAUAUAAAUUCAUUAAGAGAAUCAUUUGCAAUAGAACAAGGAAUGACAAAAGCAGGUAAAUUAAUAAUUAAAUCAACAAAUGCUUCAAAAGUUUUAAGUCCACAAGUUUUAGCAGAUAUUAUAGAUGAAGAAAGUAAUUAUGAAUUUGAUACAAAGACUGCUAUACCUGGUCAUGUACAACAAGGUGGAUUACCAUCACCAAUUGAUAGAACAAGAGCAGAUAGAUUUGCAAUUAAAGCUGUUCAAUUUAUUGAAGAUAAUAUUGAUAAAAUUGACAAAUAUAGAUAUCAAUUAGAUUUCCCACAAGAUAAAAAAGAAAUUAUUAAUACUGCUGCUGUAUUAGGUGUAAAAUCUUCACAUUUAAGAUUUACAAGUAUUAGACAAUUGUAUGAUUUUGAAACUGAAUUAGGUAGAAGAAUGCCAAAAAAAGUAUUUUGGAAUUCAAUUAGAGAUACUGCUGAUCUAUUAGUUGGUAGAACAAGAAUAACAAGCAAUGAAGUUAUGUAA